AUGUUUUUCAGAUACACAUCAAGUUUUGGAGACAAUAUCUGCAUCUUCUGUUCGGCAGUAAUCACAUUCCUUGUUUGUUUUGUUGUCGUGAAGCAUGGCGCGUGCAAGGUUGUCAAGUCAUGGUUGUCCGGGAUUGCUUGCUAUCCACAUUUAUGGUGCAAUGGGUCCGUUCCGCUGUCACGUGUUCGUGAUGCGCCUUGUCAAAGCAGUGUGAGUGGUCAGAGCACUGUGACUGCUCAGAUCACUGUGGCGUGUCAGGACAUGGAGCGUGUUCGUAAUGUGAGUGGUCAGGGCAAUGUCACUGGUCAGAUCGCUGAGAUUGGUCAGAGCACUGUGACUGGUCAGGACAUGGAACGUGUUCCUUAUGUGACUGGUCAGAGCCCUCGGGCAUGGCCACGACCGCUCACAGUCUUCUACCAUGUGUUUCAAAGCAAUGGCGGGGAUGAAGCCGAAGCUUUGACAACUUCCGUUGUCAAAGAGCAAUUGUCUACCAUGCGGUCUUCUAAUGCUUUUGGCCACGGCGUGAACCUGAUGUGGACGUUCAUCGGCCCUAACGACAGCGGCGUGACAACACUGCUCGAAUGUCCCACGUGCCGGUUGCUCGAGUCGUCUCGGACUGGGAACGAGAUUCUUACAUUGCAGCAUCUCUACGAUUACUGUUCAAAACAUAAUUCCGAGCGUGUGGUGUACAUGCAUUCCAAAGGGACUUUCCAUCCAGGUCGGUUUAACGACAAUAUCCGGGGAUUCCUUAUGAAGGGAAUCUGGUCCGAUGCGUGCCAUUCUCAGGACAUGUUCGAAACGUGCACCGCGUGUGGCAGCCGCUUCAGCCCUAUGCCGCACCAUCAUUACCCAGGAAACAUGUGGCUGGCCAGGUGUGACUACGUUGCCCGCCUGAUUCCGCCCUUGACGUUUGAGUCGGCCAUGGCGUCAGCGGUGCGGACUGCCGUCGAGAAAGGCGUGCUGUCCGGGGCCGAUCCCCCUUAUUUUGGGCUGGGUCGGUUCUCUGCGGAGCACUGGUUGAGCUCCCAUCCGAGCCACGCUCCCUGCGACGUGUGCGGCAAUCCCAGGUACACGUUCAAAUUGAGGGCCAAUCCUGCCUUUACACGUGGUCCCCCUCCCGUGAAAUGGGCCCCCGAGCUGCGCGCACAUCCGCGGCCAGACAUGCCGCUGAGCGCGUUCUGUAUGUUGUGCGGCAAAGGCAGAACCAUAUGUAACCUGACGGAGCUGAGGCUGUGGCGGCUUGCCGAGUGGCAGUUGUUGUACCCCGAGGCUCCGUCACGGGAGGGCGCCCUGCGGGAGUAUUACCGCGCGGGUGAGGGCACUUGCAGACGAUGA